AUGGAUUCUUACACUUCGCAAGACACGGACACGUACCGACGACGGUCUCCCGGUCCCGGUUCCGGGGACCGACGCAAUCGGCAGAGUCGGGGACGAUCGCGUUCACCUCAGAACAUCGAUCGUUACCAGCCCGACCGGAACCGCGACUAUGACUAUCGCCCUCGCGAGGGCGGCCGGCGCCGAUCGUCCCCACCGCCUGUUCAGGCUGGUAUCGAUAGAUACGUUCCCGGCCAGGACAGCUUCACUCCGACUUUUACAAGCAAUCCAAUGCCCAAUCCUAUGACACUCGAAUAUCAGGUCGGGUUCAAUUUCUUUGCAGAAUGGUGGCGUGUAGAACAGAUCAUCAAGGAAGAGAAGGAGCGUGCGAAGAACGGUGGAAGGAAGCCAGGCCUUAAGGGCGAGCGUGAGGCUCGGGAGGAACGUGGUAAAGAGCGUGAGCUGAUACAGGCGGCCUACGAUGAGUACAAGGAAAAGCUGCAAGUGCAGAUGGCCAAAACCUUCGUGGACAAACAUAAAGGCGAAGAGUGGUUCAAAGAACGCUACGACUCGGAUUACCGACAAGCGUUCCGCGAGAAACUGCGAGGCUAUCGACAUGCCAUUUACCAGGAUUGGACGCGCCAAGUCGACGAUGGAUACUUUGACGAGUUCACGCUCGAAGGUAUCUAUAAGAAUGAGUCCAAUGGUGCCGGUGGUCUUGUUGAGAAAGAGGAAGGAGAAACUACCGCAGCGAACGAAGUUCUUGGUGUAGGUGACCUCUUGCCUUGCAAAGGCGGAGAGUUGCGUGACGAGGCUGCUCUGCAACCCACAUUGCUGAUCAAGACCAUUGCGCCGACUGUUAACAGGGACAAGGUCGAGGACUUCUGCAAAGAACACCUUGGUGAAGGUGCUGGUGGUUUCAAGUGGCUGAGCAUGAGUGACCCUAAUCCGCUUAAGAAGUGCCAUCGCAUCGGAUGGGUUAUUCUUCAUCCUAGUGACGAACAGUCUAUGAUCAUCGAUGAUCGUGGUGAUGGUCGAGUAGAGGAAGAGGGCGAAGACCGUGCCGUUGAUGAAAAACCAAACGUGUCACCCCUUGGAACCGCACAAAAGGCCCUUGAAGCCCUCAAUGGCAAGACAGUCAUUGAUGAUCAACGCGGAAACUUCACUUGCCAUGUAGGAGUUCACGAGCCACCUGCUGCACCUCGUAAAAAGGCGCUUUGGGAUUUGUUCUCGGCACCCGAGAGAAUUGAGCGUGAUCUGGAGCUCGCCGAGCGCUUGGCGAACAAACUCGAUGCCGAGAUGAGGGAGGGUCAUGAAGAGGAGCUCGGUGAAGUCGCUGGUGUUGCCAAAAUCGAACAACGCGUGGAAGACCUGCGCUCCAAAGGCUGGCUCCAGCCUCCAGCCAAUGCUCCAACUGUCGUCAAGAAGGAGCGAGACCCUGAAGAUCUCGAAGAAGGCGAGGAUGAGACGAUGGACGAUGACGAAGAGGGUGUCGUUGAUGAUGAGGUCGACGAUGAGGAGCUUCUAGCUAAAAAGAAGAAGCUCGAUCUCCUCAUCGAGUACCUUCGUCGGGUCUACAACUUCUGCUUCUUCUGCGUCUUCGAGAGCGACUCUGUACACGAAUUGAUCCGAAAAUGCGCUGGAGGUCAUCUUCGCCGACCCCGCGCAAGCCUGACAACGGCUGCCAAAGCCACGGCGAGGGCAACAGCCAACGGACAGCCUUUCCCUUAUAAGAAGCAAGAGUCUACGGGAGAGGGUGAGGGCGAAGGUAGUCCUGUCGAGGUCAAGCAGACGCCAAAGCUGAGCGGUAAGACACAGCAGCAAUUGCAGAGAGCCUUCAACUGGGUCAAGACGUAUGAAGAGAAAUUGCUGCAGCUGCUCGAGCCCGAGAAUAUCGACAUUCGAAAGCUGGGCGGAAAACCCCUCGAGGAAGCUGUCGAGGACGAGUUGGCUAAGUAUGUCAAGCAAGAAGAUGAGUCAAAGUGGCGUUGCAAAGUUCCAGAGUGCACGAAGUUGUUUAAGGGACAGAACUUCUGGCGUAAGCAUAUCGAGAAGAGGCACGCAGAGUGGGUUGAGAAGUUGCACACCGAUCUUCAAUUGGUCAAUACCUAUGUUAUGGACCCUGCGCAUAUCGCACCCUCGCGUAGUGAUGCGAACAGCAACGGACAUUUUCCAAUGGGUAAUCACGUUGCCGCCACCGGAACACCUCGUGGAUUCAACUUGGCUAAUAUGAACAUCAACCUAGCGAACCCGGGGGCCAACUUUCAAGGACUCUUCAAUCCUGCGAUGAGCAACUGGGAUCCGAACUUUUCCUCCGACGGACACCAAGCAGGCCCUGCGCGACGUGGUGGACACCGAUUCAACAACCGAUCAGGCCCCUACGACAGGCAAAAUCGCGACGGUCGCAACCGUGGCAAUGGCCGCUUGACGCCCCCUCCCCGCAACGGCCGAGGAGGCCCUCGCUUCGGUGAAGGCGGACCGGGUCCUAUGCAGUCGACUCAAGGACGGUCCAUUAAGAGUUACGAUGACCUGGACGCUGUCGGUUCGGGCGGCACUGGCGAGCUCAACUACUGA